GGAAUUUUAAACUCCGCAUGUUAUUGAAAGGCGUAGUAAAAAAAAGGUUCGGACUCAGUGCAUUUAGAUUACCCAAAAUACUGAUGCCAUACUGAAGUAUUUUCUGACACAUACAGUAUUUUUCCUUUUGUUCAAGUAUGCAGAAGUCUUCUUCCAAGCGCUAGUUGCUGUUGUCGUAUGAUAAUUCUAUCGUGCUACCGUACGUUGUAUUUAGAUUUGAUCAACCAGCAGCUCUACUUCCUAGAGAUCUGUUUGUUAUGUGACAGUCCAAAUUUAGAAUGACAGAGUAUUGGGCACAUUUUCUAUCGACACCUGUCAAUCUACGCGGUUUUGAUUGCGAUUGAGGGUUGUCUUCUCUUUAAUUGGCUGAUGACUUGUGGAAGAUUUCAAUUAUGCCAAACUAAAUUAGUGAGUCCUCGUGGCAGGACUUGUCAGCAAACGACAGCCAGAAGUUUUCAUUAUAGGAUCAAGUUUAAAACAAAUGAACUGGGCUCGGUGUUUGAAAGCUAAAUUCUUGGAUUGACAAUGCGUGCUUUGCAUUUCUUAUCAGUUUACAUUACAGCUUAAUUUAUUGCUAAGAAGCCUUGUGUUUGAGAUCAUGUCAUCCUCCGUCCAUUAUGUUAUAGUGUUCAUUCUGUUCAUGACAGGACGAAUGUUCGCCCACUCAAAUGACCUCACUCCUAAUGUAAACGGAACACACAACUUUGGGUAAUACUGUUAACCGCCGCUUGUACGUUACGCUACGCAAGUUAGGAUCAAUGGCAUUCAGGCGAGUUUCCUUUGUUCUGAAAUACUUUGUUACCCAUACACCACAGAAACGAAUACCUCAAGACGGUUUUCAGUAAUCCCACUUAUGAUUGUUAUUGGAAUUGUUGAGCUAUUCUUCUGUGAAAGGAAAUUUCGGCGCAUGUUUUCACAUUGAUGGGCCGUAAUUUUUUGCACAGUUUCUCCAGUCAGUAACAUUAACUUCGUUGUAAUUCGAAAAUUAUGUGCUUUGAUUCUGUUCCGGUACCCGGUACACUAGAAGUAAAACCCAGGUAUAUUCCAUUCCGCACACGGAACCGUAAACACGAAGGGAAGGCUGAAUGGUUAGGAUUUGUGUCAGUUAUCUUGCAUUUUAGGAGGUAAUUUUCGCCGGUAAACAAUCCUUUUAGAGUGCGAGAAUGUAUUGUCUUAGCCGAAAUAAACACGUCGAGACUGUUUCUUAGGCUUACAGUCGGGACGUUUCACAAUGCAUUUCGCAUGAACUGUGAAUUAGCUGCCCGGUCAACUCAUGAUAUGUAACAUCUGUUGUUCAGCAAUCAGGAAACAGGAACACGAUUUCUCAAAGGAUUAAGAAUUUUAAUCUUAUUCUAUACUCGAGAAUUUGUCUAUCAUGGUUCAAAUCAGUCACAGGAAAGGAAAAGGGACGGUGACUACAUGUAUCUAGUUCGUAUCUAAGUUUUAUUAUUCGAUUUUAUUUGAUUUACUCUCUUUUACUUUUGCUCCUGAGGAUGAUUAGAUUAGAUAACAUAAUCAUAGGAAUUAAUUUUGUAUAUGUCGAAAAACUUGUCACAUCGUCAUGCGAAAAACAAGAUGAAUCUAACAGGUUGUGUUGUGUAGGUCAUACAUUAGCCAUGUUGUUUGUACCACUAUGUUGAGACUCUUGGCAACGAUACCGACUCCCUUCAGCUUUUGUCAUGUUUCGGGAUUGCUUAUGUUUUAAUACUUAUAUUAACGACAACAACACAGCGACUAAACAAUGUGGAACGCAGGAUCUGUUAAGACGUGAAUCAUUACCAAUGUUGAAAUUUAGGCAGAGAUAUUUCCUUCUUCGUCUCCUCUCCCUGCCUUAAGUUUUAUUUAUCAUGCUUUAAUGUUCGUUUGCUUCGUACUCGCUUAUUUGUUAAAAAAAGUUAAACAGCUGAAAUGACUUUUUCACUGGUGAACUUGAGAUCAUUCUGUUUUCUUUCCUCAGAUCGUACAAUGGAAUUCAACAUUUCAAAUGAAAGUGCAACUAUUCCUCCACCACUGUUUCGCACAGAUCCCAUAAAUAUCGCGGGCGCAGUUGCUGUGGGACUUGUGAUAGUAUUUACUAUAUUUGGUAAUGCGAUCGUGUGUGCAAGCUUCUACACUUUUCGUGACCUCCGAACAAUAUGCAACUACUUCAUUAUUAGUCUAGCAAUAUCUGAUAUAUUAGUGGCAAUUCUGGGAAUGCCUUUCUGGUUGAUAUUACAACUUACCGAUUUAUCACAUAACAACGUAAUAAAAGGAGACCUUUACCUGUUCUGGCAGUGUAUGGAUAUCUUCUUUGGCACAGCAUCCAUUAUGAACUUGGCAGCAGUGAGCGCGGAUAGACAUGUGGCUAUUACAGCGCCAUAUUCCUAUCCGUAUGUAAUGACGUCAUUCAGAGCUAUUCUUAUUCUUUGCAGCGCUUGGAUUUAUGCUGUGGUAGUGUCCAGUUUACGGCUCCUUGAUGACAGAUGGCCGCAACGUGGUGGCUAUCACUAUUUUGUAUUCAUCGCAAGCUUUGGACUUCCACUAUUGUUUAUGACUGCAAUGUAUGCUAGAAUUUAUAUCGUAGCUAGGCGACAAGCUCGACGAAUUGGUCGAAGCCGGAACUAUAGCACUGACGUAAAAGCUGCUAAGACAAUAGCCGUUGUGAUUGGUGUAUUUGUUUUCUGCUGGGCUCCUUUCUUUGUGUCGGUGAUUGGCUAUAUAAACAACAGAUACUUUUAUCCUCUAACUAUAUAUAAAUGUGUGAAAUGGUUAGAAUACCUAAACAGUUGCUUGAAUCCUAUACUGUAUACAUGUUUAAACAAAACCUAUCGAAGGGCCUUCAAGAGACUUUUUACUCGUUGGCGAGGACGGUUGGAGCGAACUCGCGAGGAGUCUCUGACGACAAUAGGAACCUUAUCCAGAAGACUCACCUUACCUCGGGGAUCAAUUUUUGCCUCUCAAGCUGGUACGUUUUCCAGCUCGUCUUCAAAGGAACUAAGUAAUGGCGAAUGUAGAAGGAAACUAAGUAGAAAAGGAAGUAGAAGAGAGAAAACCGAGAAUCCUUCGCCAACUUUCAUAUGAUACAUGUACUGACAAUUUGUACCCAAACCAUCUACGUUGAUAAGUACUUAGCUCUUAUCGAAAACGCAAAAAGUAAAUAAAUAGGUGAAAUGAGCUUAGAAAUAGAUAAAUUGAUAAAUAAAUAAAUGAAUAAAUAAAUAGACAAGUAAACAACCAAAAAAGUGUAAAUAAGGAUAAAAACAGUCAUGCAGAUCCUUCCUUAGCGCUGACAGAAUUUAUUUAUUUGGCAGGCACUAAGGAACAUUCAAAGCUCCGGCCUUAUAGGGGCUAGAAACUCUCGUAUAGGUCAAUUUAAAGGGGGCACUAUCAUAAAGAUUUUGUUUAACUUUGAUCAUGAUUUUCCUCAUACGCGAAAAAUGCAGAACAGCAAGUUACUGUUCGUUAAUCAUUGACAAUAAGGGCCACAAGAAGGGCGACAAGAAGGGCGAUACUCUCAACUUAUUCCUGGCCAAGAGAUGUAACUUGCAUUUUACUCGUUCUGUAUUCAGUUAAUUUUCGGCCAGUGCAUGAAACGAAAGAAGAUUGCUUCAUUCAAAUCAUCGCUGAUCGCGAUUUAGAUCGAGAAAUGCGAAUAAUUUUAUGACAACAGACCUCGAACCACGUGACCCCAAAUUCACGCGAGCUUGGAUAAUUCAUUGUUUUGGUCCGUGAAUCAAAUCAUUUCCAAAAGUAGCACGUGGGGGACAAAAAACUAAUAAAGAAGAAAAGAGCUGUCAAAGGAUGUAAACGGCCUCCUUGAUUUUUAAUUGGAAUUUUAAAAAAAUCAAGGAGGCCAUGCACAUCAACACGUUCUUUAAAUUCCCAAGUGAAACAUCUUAAUUUAUUCCUUUCAUGCUAAUUAGUCUGUGUUAUUUUAAUAUUUUCGCUUUUUUUUCUGUCUCGCGCCUUAAUCCUUGAUUAUUCUUAUUUUCAACUCACAUUGUUAAACUAUUUAUUGCUCAGUGAUUUUCAAUUGGUAUUCUUGUACCUUUAACGAUGGAUCAUGUCUAAAAACGUGUUUUGUUAUUUAAUAUAAGCUAUCACAAUUUCAAACACAUCGUUUGUACUGCUAAGAAGCCUUGGUAUAAUCAUCAUCAUCAUCAUCAUCAUUAUUAUUAUUAUUAUUAUAUGGGCAAUAAUAAUAUUAUUAUAUAGGUAAAUUUAAAGGGGCACUAUCAUAAAGAUUUUGUUAUUUUGACAUUCUUUUUAACGAGUUAUCUUCUGUAUAUUAUUUUGUAUAUUAAACGUGUUGGAUGAAAAAAUUUUUAAAAAACAUUAUUAUCAUU